GCAUCGUACUGAGGAGAAAGAGCAGUGAGAAAACUUUUCUCCACUGUCCUUCGCGUUUCUGCCGCCUUGUUCCGAGGCCGAGUAGGAGCCUCUGCUGGAAGAGAUGGUGAUGGGCCUGGGCCCCCUGUUGUUGGUCUUCAUGCUGGGGCUGGGUCUGAUCCCACCAGCCCUGGCUCGGGAUGACUCCAGGUACAAAGACUUCCUGACCAAGCAUUACGAUGCCAAACCUACAGGCCGGAAUGACAGAUACUGUGAAACCAUGAUGAAGAGACGAGGCCUGACCUCACCCUGCAAAGACACCAACACCUUUAUUCAUGGCAGCAAGGGCAGCAUCAAGGCCAUCUGUGGAAAUGAUGGAAAUCCUCACAGAGAAAACUUAAGAAUAAGCAAGUCUCCCUUCCAGGUCACCACUUGCAAGCAUGUAGGAGGGUCCCCCUGGCCUCCAUGCCGGUACCGAGCCACAUCAGGGUCUAGAUACAUUGUUGUUGCCUGUGCAAAUGACUUGCCUGUCCACUUUGAUGAGUCCUUUUUCCAUCCAUAACCAGCAAUCCACUGGCCCAGAGCUGGCUCUGCUGUCCUCCCCUUGCCUUUUCCCUCCACACCCGAGAACACAGAGUAACAUUCAUUACCAGGGCCCAGGAAAUGAGCUACCUGGACCUUUUGCUUUCUG